CUCGCGAGAGCUCGGUGUCCCGACUUUGAACCGUUCCUCCUGAACAAACAGCUCGAGCGGCAGGUAGAACCUCUGACGCCGGAGAGGAACUUCUCCCGGUCCCGGGUCCGAGGCGCGAUGAAAGCCGUGAUCCUCGCCGCCGGCUACGGCACCAGGCUCCAGCGGGACGUGGUGGCCGACGGCAGCGGGAGGUUCGCUCACCUGUCCGGCGCCGCCAAGCCGCUGCUGCCGGUGGGACGCUGCGCCCUGAUGUCGCACUGGCUCCGGGCUCUGACCGCGUCCGGCGCCGUGGACCGAGUCUACGUCGUCACCAACGCUCUUCACCACGCUGCCUUCCAGGAGUGGGCCGCACAUUUCACCAAUGUCGAGAUUCUCAACGAUCAGUCAAGGAGCAAUGAUGAGCGUCUCGGAGCUGUGGCCUGCCUGCAGCUCGCAGUGAGGCACUUCAGGAUCGAAGACCACGUCAUGGUCAUCGGAGGUGACACCCUCUUCAAAGAAGAUUUUAGCCUCAGUCAGGUGAAAGGGAGGUUUUCUGACCUGCAGGCUAAUUGUGAGGACAGCUGCCUCGUGCUCUCGUACCAGUGCAAAGAUGAAGAAACCCAGAAGUACGGGAUACUGGAGGUGGACGGUGAACUGCGUGUCCUUUGUAUGAGAGAGAAACCUCUUCCUUCUGAGACGGAGUCCAGGAGAGCAUGUCCUUGUUUCUAUGUGUUUUCAAAGACAAGUCUCCCUCUGUUGGACACUUUCCUCCAGGAGAAGAAGGAAGCUCCUAUUGAACAGAAAGAUGCACCAGGAAACUUUGUGUCUUGGCUUAUUCCAAGGAAGCCAGUGUACGUUCAUCAGAUUUCUGGGCGCUUCGAUGUAGGAAACUUGCCUUCCUAUAUUGAAUGUGACCUUUACUUCAGAGAAAACCUUCAAGACAUCAAGUCCUACAUGGUGUAGAGAGGAAACCAUAAAAAUGGAUUUUUAAAAACACCAUAUUUAUUGUGCCAUGUCUAAAACACAUUAUGGAAGGAUGUCACCUGAAAUGUGAAAUCAUUUCCAGGAAGUGUAACGCUGAAACAAGAAUUGUGUAUUUUCUACAGUAAAUGAUUCCUCUAAGCAGUCAGGAGUCUUGAGCAUUUGUCAGAGGCCUUUUCACGCGUGUCCUCCAUCUUGGCGAUGCGCGAGCCGAACUGCAUGGCUCUCUUGGGCAGGACCGCGGACUGACGGAGGCCCAGCUGCCUCGCCGUCAGUCUCAGCAGGAGCUUCUCUCCGACCCCCCUGGGGAGGGACAGAUCUGCCUUGUCCCACACGGCCAGAGAACUCAGGUGGCUGACCACUGACUCGUCCAAGUACGGGAAUCUGCACACGCAAGAGACAUGUUUGUUAAAAAUGUUGUCGUUUUCAGUUGUGGCUGAUGAGGGCAGAGGUCAAACCUCCUACAAUUAGUGGCAAUAAAGCAUCAUUUAAUACCAGUCUGCACACGCCCCCCUGACCUCAGACCAGGUCACUGAACACACUGGGUGAGUGGUAGAUGUGCAGGUUCUUAAAAUACACUGAUAUGAACUGAUAUCAACACUUGUAAUCGCAGAAACUGCUCAGAAUAAACAGUGAAACUAAA